CCCUUGAGGAUUAUAAAUAGAUGUUAAUUGUAUUCUUAUUUUCCAAAAGAGUCUCGGUUGUAGCAAAGAUGAACAUCAAGUCUCUUAUUUCCUUGUUCUCCUAUGCAAUUCUUCUUAUCUCUAUUGUGGCCAUUGAACCUUAUGAAGAUGAGAAAAAAUAUGGUGAAAUAGAGAAAUCAGAGAGAAACAUUGAACAAGGGGAUGGUGGAUAUAAACACAAUGUUGCUUGUAGUGACGAAAUUGUCAUAGACAAUGGUGGAAACAUCCCACUAUUUCCCGACUGCGAAAAAGAGGGUGGAAUGGGACAUGAAGGCGGAAGUGGAAAAGGAGGUUGUGCUGGAGGAGAGGGUGGUGAUGCAAAAGUGGGAGGCAAAGGAAAAGGAAGUUGUGGUGGUGGACCCCCUGACAUAACUUUUCCUGGUAGUAGAAAUGGAGGCGGCAGUGAAAGAGUAAUUUCUAUUCACAAUAGCAGAAAGAUGGGAAGUAAUUGGGGACACAAGUCAUACAUGGGGAAAACCUUCGUGAAAAACUAAAUGCAUAUACAUGUAUGAUGUAUACAUAACGACACAAUAUAAAAUAUAAGAAAUCUAAAUAAGUCAUGGAUCAUGUAGUUACUGAAUAAAUUAACAAUAAUAAUAUUUAUGGAAAAAUAUUGAAUUA